AUGGGCUUUAUACAAUCGACGGAGAAGAGGUUCUAUGGCAGGGGCUUAGAGAUAUCGGUAGCCAAAUGCAUUUUAAAACGGAUAACGCUAGGUGACUUUAAUCUUGUCGACGGAGAAAGACAGUAUCCCCACAGACGAAUGUACAUGGAGACUUGUGAUUUCUCUGACUGCUUAACUGAUACUGACUUAACUGAGAUUAGAACUAUAGGUGGGGAUUACACAUGGACUAAUGGGCAUAUAUUUAGUAGGAUUGACAGGGCCUUUGGGAAUGGUCAGUGGAUCAUGAACCUACCUCAAGUAGAAGUUGUACUAUUUAAUCCACAUUUUUCCGACCACUGCCCUUUGAGCUUCAAGAUGAAUUGCCAACCAUUUGCUGGGAAAAAACCAUUCAGGUUUUUUAAUCAUUUGGUAAGCCACCCUCAGUUCAUGGAGAUAAUUGAAUUUUGCUGGGCAAGUGAAGUUACUGGAACACCAAUGGAGAAAGUAUGGAGGAAGCUGCACAUGAUUAAACAGAAGCUCAAGAAACUGCAAAUUAAGGAAUUCUCUGGAGUUGAUACAAGAAUUAAGGAACUUAGAACGCAACUACAAGCCACCCAACAACUAAUGAGAUCGCACGAUUAUCCUAGUACCCUAUUUGAUAGUGAAAAGCAGUUGAAAAAUCAACUUGAAAAAUGGGUAGGAAUAGAAGAAAGUGUGCUCAAACAAAAGUCUAGUAUUCAAUGGUCGAAACUUGGUGAUGCAAAUACUCCUUAUUUCUUUGCAAGUAUGAAGAAUAGGCACUCAAUUAAUAUGAUCAGAAGUCUCCAGAAUAAUAAUGGGGACAUGCUACAUACAGAAGAGGAUAUACAGCAGGAAAUGACCAAAUUCUAUAAAUCAUUAUUAGGUUCAGCAGCUAGUCAACUUCCGGCUAUUAGACCAGAGGUGAUGAGGAAUGGAGUAACACUGGAUAGGCAACAACAAUUACUUUUAAUCCACCAAGCAUUAAAGAAGAGAUAUACUCGGCAUUAA